CCGCAGCCGCGUGACGAAGUCUCCCUGCUUCCACAAAACUGCUGGGAGACCCAACGGGACGCCCUCUCCGGAAUCGAAAGUUCGUGUGGUGCGCGAUGUGAAGAAGACGACGAGGAGUUAGGUUUGCUCGAAGAUAGUGCAACCGGUAACGAAGAAGAAAGGAAGAAGGAAUCGUUCUCUCAUUCUGGAGCGAAUGAUCGCGCGUGAAACGGAGGCAGCGUCCCCGCGACUAAGAUCGCCAGCAGAAGCAACGUCUCCGCACGCGGAGCGUACACGACACGUCCGGCAGAAGCGACGCGCUAGCGAGGAUUUUCGGCGGAGGCGAUGCUCGGCUUCGCCGUGCUAGAGCCCGCUACUAAGCCUAGGAGUCGCGGUGGAAACUUCGCUGCAGCAGGGUACGUGCGCGCGCUGUCGUCGCCGCUAAGCCUAAUGUGAGUUCGAGUAUUCGGCGCACGGGGGCUUGUUUCGAUUUUUCUGUUUUCUCCCUUUCUCUCCUCUUCACUUUGUUGCUUGCGCCGCCACCACACUCGCGGCGAGAGCUGGGCCCGUCCCGUGCCGGGAAGAAGGCAACGAAAGGAAAAAAGAGCUCACGAUGGACAACCCGAACGCAAACUUCGACGAUGAUAGCCUGUCUGAGGAAGAGGCUGGCGAGACGAUCAGGCUGCGACCCUUUCUUGACUGGAGGAAUGACAUGGAGCAGGAGUUUCCACGGGUCAGCUCCCAGGUUCCCUUGUCCCCGCGGGGUGGCGAGGACGAGGAGCGGGGCUCGGACGGCGAGUACGUCGAGCGCGGUACGUGGACCGGCCGCUUCGACUUCAUACUCUCCCUGCUGGGGUACUCGGUCGGCCUGGGAAACGUCUGGAGGUUUCCAUACCUCGUCUACAGCAACGGAGGCGGGGCCUUCCUGAUCCCGUUCUUUGUGAUGAUGAUCCUUGCGGGACUUCCGCUCAUGUUCAUGGAACUGUCCUUCGGGCAGUACUCUAGUCUGGGGCCCAUCGCCAUCUUUGAGCGCUUCUGCCCUCUCUUCCACGGUCUAGGCUACGGUAUGGUGAUUGUGUCCGGCAUCGUAAUGCUCUACUACAACCUGAUCAUCGCCUGGACGCUGUUCUAUAUGUUCGCAUCCUGGUCCAAAACGCUGCCUUGGGAAAAGUGCGACCCGGAGUGGUGCACACCAGCUUGUUAUCAGUACGAAGACGCCGACGCGUGCUUUAGGAUCAACGGAUCCUACUACAACCAGACCUGUUUCAACCAAAGUAUGGCGCAAGAACUGAAUAUAUCGGCCCUUGUAAAGAACAUGGCAAAGCGAACGCCAUCGGCUGAAUACUUCAGGUUCUUCGUGCUCGGAGAGUCUCCCAGUAUACGAGAAACGGGCGAGAUACGGUGGCCUUUGGCCUUGUGCUUGCUGCUUGCCUGGAUCAUUGUCUUCCUAUGCCUCUGCAAAGGCGUCCAGUCCUCGGGAAAAGUCGUGUACUUUACUGCCCUCUUUCCCUACGUGGUGCUGGUGAUAUUGUUUUUUCGCGGUGUUACCUUGCCCGGUGCCUACGAAGGAAUCAUGUUCUACGUCACACCCAAUUGGAGGCUACUACUUACCCCGCAGGUCUGGGGAGAUGCGGCGGUGCAGAUAUUUUUCGCUCUGAGUCCGGCCUGGGGCGGACUCAUCACACUUUCGUCCUACAACAAGUUUCAUAACGACUGUUACAAGGACUCCCUAAUCGUGUCUGUGAGCAACGUGCUGACGAGCAUCUUUGCCGGCUUUGUGAUCUUCUCGGUGAUUGGGUAUCUGGCUCACGAGCUCAACGUCGAGGUGGAGCACGUCGUGGACCAGGGCGCCGGCCUCGCCUUCAUCGUCUACCCCGAAGUGGUUGCCCGACUGCCGGUCGCACCCCUGUGGGCCUUCCUCUUCUUCUUCAUGCUGCUUACCCUCGGCCUCGACAGUCAGUUUGCUCUUCUAGAGACUGUGUCCACUGCAAUCUUUGACCGGUUCCCGAACCUGAGAGAAAAGAAGACGCUUGUGGUUCUCGCAAUAUCAGUUUUUGGCUACCUUGGAGGCCUAAUAUUCACGACACGGGCUGGAGUUCAUUGGCUGGAGCUAUUCGACAAGUACGCCGCAAGUUUGUCUGUGCUAAUCAUUGCCAUCGGAGAGUGCACUAUCAUCUCCUGGUACUAUGGUGCGGAGAAGUUUCUCUGCGACAUCGAGAAAAUGAUCGGAUCUCGCUCCUACGCGUGGACAAUGUUCUGGACCAUCAUGUGGAAAUACUUCACACCAGCCACGUUAGUGUUCAUCCUGAUCUUCAACAUCGUGGAGCACUCUCAAGCGAAGGGCACCGACUACCCGCCUUGGGCCAUCGGCGUCGGCUGGACUAUCGUGUUCAUACCACUCGCCACCAUUCUCGUCCUCAUGAUCAUCAAGCUCUGCUCAGUGCCUAAGGGAAGCCUGGGACACCGCGUGGCCGUCACCAUGAGGCCGACCGAGGGCUGGGGCCCGGCGCAGACGCAGCAGUCAUUGAGGCCCGACGCCACGGACGAGAAUGGUAGCAUGAACGGCGGUAUCGGACGCGAGAACUCCUUCGACAACCCUUCCUUCAACGUGACGUACACGUUCGAGACGACCAUCUGAUGACUGCAGGACCUCUGCACCUCCCUGCGAAGCAAGAACAGGUCCAACGACUGAGUCCGAGCCGCCUCGAGGGCGGCUUAACCGGACUCAGCGGCGGAGGUGCAGAACGGAGCGCUGCAGCAGCCAGCGCUCUACUCAUCAAAGCGGAUGAUUAAGGAGCAUCGAGUUGGCCACAGUCCUCCCUUCCAGCUCUCUACUCAGUCUGAGUACUCGUGUGGACACUCGGUGCAUGGUGACACGCGCGCGGUGCCACGGUUUUUGUCUUUAACGAGAAGGUGCCGCUCACGGUUCAGGAUGUGACGAGGCAACAGGCCUCUUCGCGAACGCUUGUUUGUUCGUGAUGGACCUCGACCGCGGGAGGAAAAGCGGGGCGCGUGAACAUACUCCCUUUAGCCUUGCCAGCUCACGCAUGCGAUCAGACGCGUGAGAACUCGGUCGAUGGCGCCGUGAUGUUCAUUCACCUUUCCGCGCUGUUCUAGCUGGAGGAGCCGAAAAACCGAGAAUGAAAACUCGGCAGGAAGGUUCAGCCGAAGCAGUAACGUCACUUUUUCACGCAGACUCGACAAAGGAAGAGUGUUCUUUCCUUACUUCGGCGCGUGUCAGAAUUUUAGUCAGAGAAAGGGUAUGUCCUCGAAAGAAAUUUUGUUUAGCAAAGACGUCCUCGGUGGAACGAGGUGAAUGUAGAUGAUGUUACGACUAGUUGUCCACGUGUGUCGUUUUCAUCUUAUUUACAUGACUGGCGUCGCACCCUGUUCGCUCAGUGACAUUGUUUUAGUGUUCUUUCAACUGAACGAUGACGUGUGAAUAUCUGCAUUUUUCGUCUUAGUUCUCUCACGGUGCGUGCGUACGCGUGGCUCUGCUUCCUGGUGAAGCAACCAUCACGCAGUCGCCGCCGAUAUUCACUUGCUGACCUCAAGUUGUCUCUGAUCUCGUCACUGUACUUUCCACUUGUGAGGAUGACUUUGAGCCCUCCCAUCUCAGUGGCUUCUGGGCUCCUCUCAAAGCGGAGCCAUUAAAAAAAAUCAGCGUUUCGUACGCUUUUGUAGCGAGACAUUCAAUGCGUACAGUACACGUACCAGCUGAAGAAAAAAAAAAUAAGACCUCACAUUCUCACGGUUUCUCGACAACCGACAUACGUGUCGAGCACAUUCCAGAGGACAUGACGUCAGCAAGCACAUCCGACAACCCUUAUCGUGCCGCUAGCGGCGUCUGCUUGUGAUUCUGAUGUUCAUACGAGAUACGUGUAACAUAUAGCAUCGUCAAGAAGGACAUGAAGUUUAUUUCUCCCGACACAGCACUGCUUGUACAAAACGGUGUAUUGUUGAUAGCCUGCUUAUUUAUUCGUACGCUGUCGAUCUUGUUGGACGAUUAACGGUUGAGUUUGGAGAAAUCUAUCUGGACGCUCCUUCAAUGAAGGUUCUGUGUCGUUGUCGUGUAUGCAUGUUCUUUUUUUUUUUCACUUCCGAGACAGUGUUUGCUGGUGUGAACAAAUGCUCCUGUGCUUAUAUAUCGCUUUUCUUUUGCAUCGCCCUCAUUUCGCUAUCGAAGGACGAAUACCCACCGACACGCUGUUAUAGACUUAGAUCAAUCGUACGCUAAACCGCUUAGUUGGUGUUACAUUAGUCGUGUGUUACGUGUAGUUUAUGACAACGUUGUCGUGAUGUUUCGAGUGCUUAGAAUGUGAUCGCAGAAAUUCCUUGUCACGAGUCUAUGUCAUGAAGUGUGAUUUCCUCGAGUCGUUGACGCGCGUAGCGUAUAGUAUAUCGAGUUAUAUAGCUUUGUAAGAGAAAAAAAAAGUGACAUUUGCAAAACUAACGAAGUGCUUGACAUUGUACAUUGAGAUGAGAAGUUAUUUUGCAUAGUUACAAUUUUUGUAGAGUAUAGCACGUAAGUUUCGAAAGCCGCGCGGAGUCGUCGCUCAGCUGCCUAGCGACCUCCGAACGGUGAAAAGUGCACGAUCGCUGCCAUUGGAUAAUUUGCGUGGCAGCGCGCAUAGCACGGCCCUUUAAGUGUACGGGUUUCUGUUACGCAGCGUUCGUUCUCUGCUAUGGCAGUGUGAAAUAUGUGCGUUAGUCAUUCCAACUAAAUGUUCGAUAUUCCAUUGCUCGUCGCACGUAGACUCUGGGAGUCGUAGUUUCAUUCUCAAUUUAUACGCGUUGUUAAACGGGUUCUUUUUUUUUUCUCGUUCCCGUGCGAGGUUGUUUUCAUUUUUCUGCGCAUUUAGUAACGUCUCACGGAUAAUUAUGUCCCGGCUUUUAUGUUACACCAGUAAUUCGACAAUGUUGAGAGAGCUUUCGCUUUUGUUUCUUAUGGCUGGAUUCGCCAACUAGCCGAAUAUCCGGGCCGAAUACCCUGGCUGCCAUUUAGCCAGUAGGACUAACUGUAGUGGUAAUACAAGAACUCAGUACUGGCGGUAAUCCUGAUUCUCAAACCGCGAAGGGCGAGCGUACGAGUCAACACACGCCCGCUCAAAGCAUCCUUAGUUUUGUUACCUGUGUUCUAUCGACUUUCGAUAUAUGACUCAGUUGUACUUUCUGAUCUAGGCUGUUGAAAAUUACUUUACCAAAGUGCUCGAAACACAAAUCGAUUAUAUCUCACUAGGUGUCCGAACCUUAUCCCAGAAAUGCGCCUGCGCACGGACUUAGCGAUAAUCUCCGCCCCGGCAGGAACGGGCGACUAUUUCCUAGAAUCAGUGUGUGUACAUUUCUUCUCGAAAUCUUCAGCGGGAGCUUAUUCACUGCGUGUUCUUAUGAGAGAGAGAGAGACUGAAAAUAAUGCUCCCCUGUGGCGGCCUCUGCACAUGCCCGAACGUCAUUUUAGUUUACCGCACCGGCGAAUUGAAUCGCGAAUAUGUAGACUGUGCCUAAACACUAGCCUGAUGAACUCUUGUGUAACGCUCAGCAUAUGUGACUCGUAGUAGCAGACACUCGGGUGUAAAUAGUGUACAUUAGUGUGUUAGCUGUAUGUGUCUACAGCGCUCUAGUUCUCCCGUUAUCUCUUUCUCUCUCGAUCUCCGCGCGAAACCGGCAUGACAGAGGCAGGGCAUCACGUGUACAUUGCGUGUAUAGAGAGUACCUUUUCGUGUGGGGUGGUCGCUCAGGUGACUGGGACGCGGGGUUCAAAACCUUGCGCUCAUAUUUUUCUGAUUUACCCUUAUUUGUCUUUAACCAGGAGGAGGGUGUUACUGGGUUUUUUUUUAUUUUCGUUUAUUUUUUCAUUUAGCUCGAGCUUUGUGGCGCACUGGGAUGUCGCACGAUGCCGCACGUCUCAGUUGGUGGUAGGGCUGUCAGACAAGUGAAUGGGGAUUCUUGCGAACAGUGCGGCAGCGAAUGAAAGGUAGUAUAAACAAUUGGUCGAGCUUCGUUUGCGUCUUGCGGGCGAGAGAUUAGAUAUACCAGAUAAGCUUCGCAACACGUGUGCCAGUGGUGUGAUCAACUCACUGAUUUUAUCGUUCGGCGACAGUCUUAGUGACAAGCAAUAGUUAAAAGCUUGACCGCAGCCCCUCCUUGUUGAGGAACAAUUAGUUUCGGUCAGUAACCUUGUCUUAAUUAGACCGUUAUAAGUAAUCCGGGGCUUGGACAACGAUAAUGAGACUUGUAGCAAUCCUUGAGCUUGCGGUUAAAAGAGUCUUUUUUUUUUCGGAUGCUUAAAGGAAUUUAUCGAUGCGUCCGUAGAAUGAAAAAUAAUAAGUGAUGAGAUGGGUGAGAUAUUAACCGCGAGAAACCUUUUUUUUUUCAAAGUCAAUCGGUCUCAGUUGCGAUGGGAGCAAUGAAAUAAGAAAGCUCGCAGAAAAACCUAGCUGGCUGCAUCUAAGGCAGAAAUAAACCUUCAUCAGCCUAUGCAUGGCACACAAUAGUCAGCAUUAUUCUGACAGCUCGAAUAUACGUUUGUGACAGUACAAAGAUGGUGAAAGCGGUUCCAUCAGUCACGCGAUGACGUGAACGCAACCUCGUCUCACUGAGCGUUCAAAAAGUAUUCGAGCGUUAGGAGGCAAGCGCUCGUAAAGCCUGUAGAUCUGAAAGGGCCAGUCUCAGCUCGCGGACAAAACCGCCAAUGAGGGUGCGUGGGAGGCUGGGGGUGUGCCAACUCGAGGAAAACGUUUUGGAUUGGUUUACCUUGCCACUCAUUUCACCUUGUACUCUCUGGUAAGAAACAGUACGGGAGCGAACUUGCUUCACACUCGAGCACACCCGGGGAUUGAUGUCAGUUAGCCAAGUACACUUCAAUGUCUACUCGUUUAGCGCUCCCGCAGUACUUACACAGAACCUAUUCAAAACAGCACGCCUACACUACAGCUAUCAAUGCUGCUGCUCGUUAACCCGGACUCUGUAAGCAAUAUGAACCGCAUCCAAAACGAAACUUUGGGGCAGCGGCAGUCAGCUCCCACACCGCACCCGUUGCGUUUGGCUGGUCAAUCAAGCUGUGCCAUAUAGUUGUGUAACACGAGUCUUGCCGAAGCCAUCUUUUAGGGCACGCCUACUUCAGCCCUCUCCUGUCUCUCCUCCUCCUCCUGGAAUAUAGUCUUUCAUGAGGGGCGCGGCGGUGUUCUUUUUUGCCAGCGGGAGCGGCCCGCGCCGUCACGGGCCCCCGCGGGCUGUCGGGAUCGGUCUCCUUCCGUCUAUAUACUGUCGUACCUAACACUCGCUUCACAACACUCAUCGCUGCAUCAGAUCGAGCGUGGGCGCAUAUUCCGUCUCUCCCCGUUUCCAGUACGGUGUUGACGUUCGUCGCUGCCGGGCAGCCGGUUUCCAGAUCUGCAGUGAAGCGGCGAAAUCGGACGGUAAGCCAGUAUUCGGUAAACAACGGUAUGCCGCCGCUCAUCUCGAAGGUCAUGCUUAAAGGGAUGCUAAAAGGAAACUACACGAAGUGCUGACUAGUAGAUUGUACGUGUUAUCGCGAGAAUGCCUUUUGUUUUCAGGCAAAUGUUAGUUUCUUAGAUAAGGAGCAAAAAGACAUUUCCUUUUUUUUUUCAUUGAAGAUCAUACUAAACGAAGCCGCCAAUUACGGCAGCAUCGAAGUGAUCAUUUCUUUGUAUACGCCUCUUCAGACCAUUCUUAUGGAGGAAAUGUUUCUGGACAUAUUUUAGCCCGAAGUUGCUCUCAGUCGGGUACAAAAAGUAACUUCCUUAGCUGAGACGGUAUGACCAUUCUCUGACAGUCUACGACGUCGUAGAAGCCUGGUGCAGAAAUUUCCGAAUAGCGUCGCCAGUGGCCAGGCGUCCUUGCAUUUUGUUGGCAGUCGGGCCUCUGCUUAUGGGCAUAUGGGCGAUAUGCUUAGUCUUCUGUCAUGCUACGUGCUAUUCCAAAUUCGUGUGAAAUCUCUCUUUAGCUCCCCUUUAAGGUGAAGGUGCACACUGACUCUGCUUUCGCUCGCACCGCCCGAUGAAAUCGCAGUGUAGGAUUGCCUGUCAUUGGUGCAGUUGAUGGCGCCAUCGUGCACCGUUGGGCUAGGCGGCAACGUUCUGGGUGGAAGCGGCUGUCCGAGGAAAGUUACCGUAAAACAAAAAUGAAAGUUGAAGUGUCUGUGAGCACGGGUGCGAAGUUGGCGCUGUCAAGCUUACGUGUAACUGGUACCAGCCGAGGCGAGAACAUAAUAUUUGUUGGGGUUUUACGUCCCGAAACCGCGAUACAAUUGAUACAAUCAUGAGGGACGCCGUAGUGGAGGGCUCCGGAAAUUUUUACCACCUGGUAUUCCUAAACGUGCACCCAAUUGCACGUUAAAGAACACAAGAUGUGUACGCGGGCCUCUAGCAUUUCGCCUCCGUUGCCAUGCGUCCGCCGCGGCCGGAAUUCGAUCCCGCGACCUUCGGGUCAGCAGUCGAGCACCAUAAGCACUACACCACCGUGGCAGAUGGAGGCGAGAGUAUCAUUUAUUGUUAGAAAUAAAAUCACAAAUUGGUGAUUUCUUUCGUAUUCAUCUAAUAGACAUUUUUAUGUCUGUACUUAAGCGAUAUUACGAUGUGACCGAAUACUUCGCUACAAAGGUUCGUGGACAAACUCAUAAGCAAGAGGAAUGUAUUGACUAAAGCGAUGUUUAGUUCCAAUAACUAAAUUCUGCUUCGUUUUGUGUACGUCCCAGAGUUCUUGCUAAACUUAUCUAAGCACGCACGUCCACAAACUUAUUUUUCUAUGUUAUUAUUACUCGCUACGAAAACAUUUCAUUUCAGUCUAUUGAACAUUCACUAGAAAUCGCGCUUGCGUAUCUCAAGAAACCGUUUACCGCACGCCUUCAUUUCGCUCGUCUAUGCCUCGGCGAUACCUCGGUCACACGGAGCAUCCCAGCGCUGUCUUCUCGCCAGUGACGCCGCAAGGUGACGUUGUCAACCGCGCUCUCUUGCUGCUGCAGCGUUGUUUGAGACGCGAGGAGCGACGAGCACUUCUUGAGGACAGCACGAGACGUUGUAAAUAGGGAAAACACCGGAACGCGGUCGCACGCAGUAUAUGGACGGAACGCAAGGUUUGUCCUUGUUGGACUGUGUGAUAACAUGUAUAUAGACCUUUCGGCUCACCGUCAGCUACAAGUAGAUGAAUACCGCGUCGAAGUGUGUAGACUGAAGGCACCUCGGUCGUUUUUUGUUUUUAUUUUUCUGUGGAUGUUUUGCUUCUGCCUCGUCAAGAACGGUUACGUAUGCAUUUCCACAUGCUUGUGCAGAGCACGGCGUUGGCAUAGAUAACGUUUCUCUAUCAAACGUUUAGCUCGGUAUGAAUGCACACAAAACCCAUACGAGGAUACGGGUGGAGAGCACUAACAGACGAGUGCAUGCUCCUUUGUGAAGCAGUUGUCAAGUAGCACUCGUCACGUACCUAUUCAUGUGAUCAUUUCAUUAUGCUUAAGUUAUUGUAAAAUUGUAAAAACGCAAUUCGAGGUGUGUCUUUGUACUGUGCUGACAAUAUUUGAUAUUGACACGGAGUCCACGGAAAUUCCCACAUGAAUAAUAUUGGACGCAAUUAUUAUAAUGCAUACGUAACCGUUUAGGGUGUGGGCGGUAUACCUGUGAAAAAUAUGUAUACACGAAAAAAAAAAAAAAAAAGAGAUCGUUGACUGUUUUUGAGAGUCUGAGGUAUCGAACGUUGGAAAUUCGAGGUGAUGCUAAAUGCAAGAGGUUUAUUUUUGUUGAGAGUGCUAUCGUUACGUCUAGCUGUUUUUUAUUACUAUUAUUAUUCGCGUAAAUAUAAUGUCUAUUGUAUCGCGGUUUAAUAUGCUUUUUCUUUAGGCGGCCACAUGUUCACACGCUUCUGUUGGUUUCUAAAGCAAAGCGAUCAGUGAAGUAUCCUCGAAAUCCCAAUUAUACAACUGAAUUUUAUCAAAGUCGUUUCAUUCCUCGAAUACGUUAAUAUUCGCAGUACCUGUAAGUCGCGAUUGGUAAGCACAUUGGUCGAGAGUGUCAUGAUUGUUUCUUCUUUAUGCCGCUGCAGUUAAGUUUCGUUUCACUUGAAAAGAGGUGCCUUUUGUGACUCUGUACGAGCCAGUGUUGUUGUUGAACCGAUGUGAGCACGUGUACAUUGGAAAGGAUACAUCUGUACCUUGAGUUUGAUAGCUGAAUAAAAUGAGAUAAAAGAAAAAUA